UAAUCAUAUAUUUACGUGUGCAUGCUCCAUCGUGACCUCAACGUCACUUUCCAUCAGGAGGUGAAAUGCGUAAUUAGCUUGGAUAAGUUUUAGGGCCACAAUGAUUAAGUGUGUAAUUGGAUGGAAGAUUUGCUUUUUCUAAGACAUCGCCUUCCAUUUACUUUAAACACACAUGUGCACACUUAACCUACUUUCUUACGUAUUCUCGUCAACUUCGGAGGUAUGAUUCUGCGUUAAGUCUAUACUAACUGUUUAACGUUAUGCAACGACUUUCUCCUACAGAGGCCUGUCGCGCCGGCGCGGGCACAUGACUGCGACCACAGUUAACUUUAGACAUUGAAUGCCUCCAAUCGGAAGUUGGCGGUCAAUUCUCCGCGUCGGACGCUAAUGAUAACUGAGACAUAUUUCUCUUAAUCGAGCUUCAUCAACCUGCGUACCGUUUAAUAGUGUCGCCGUGGAUAUAUUCACGAUGUGUUGUACUUAUUGAGUGGAGUUGGCUGUGGUUACCCUUCGUAUAGGACAACUAUAUGUACCACUAUACCAGUGACAACCGAUAGCCGAUUACACUAGCCUGAGUCAUACCUAUGUGUUCCCGUUGAUCCUCCCCGCGCUCCUGUGUGCCCCUUUUAACAGCAAAUCACAUCAUUUAACACACAAAGUUCUACUUUUAGAUUGUCUUAUACAAUUUGUGAUAAUGUUAUGGUUAAUAGUGCUUUUAGUGACGUGCCUGUAUUAUAUUUCACGAAAGAAAUUGCAAUAUUUUUCAUCCCGGGGCGUCCGCACUCUACCACCAAUCCCGUUCCUGGGAAAUUUAGCAGCUGUCACGUUUGGAAAAGAAAAUUUUGUGGAAGCCAUUGCGAAUGGUUAUAAUGAGUUUAAAAAUGAAAGAUACUUCGGUUUAUAUCAAUAUCUUGUCCCAACUCUAAUACCUCGGGAUCCGGAACUCAUUCGGCAGAUCAUAGUGCGGGACUUUAACGCCUUCUCUGACAGAGGCGUCCACAUCGGAACCGACUGCGACCCUAUGUUUGGACGGAACCUUAUCAUGCUUAGAGGAUCGACCUGGAAAUCUAUGAGAACGGUUCUCUCUCCUGCGUUCUCUGCGACUCGGUGCCGCAGCAUGGCGCCGCUUAUGGCAGAAAGUGCUGAAGCCGUCGUUCAACAUUUAAAGGAGCAAGUUUCGGGAGAACUACUAAUGGACGUUAAUGAGAUAACCACAGCUUAUGUGAAUGACGUCAUAGCAUCGUGCGCUUUUGGAUUUGCCGUGAACUCGUUGAAGGAACCCAACAACUGCAUCUUUCAAUUGGCGAAGACAGCUGUCGUGCAGGACACCACACAAGUCAUGAAGUUCUUUGGGUAUGAGAAUAUGAAGACUGUAUUAAAGAUGCUCGACGUAAAAAUAAUAAAGCGCAAGCAUGCCGAGCAAUUUUCACAAUUAUUCAAAUCAGCACUUAACGCGCGCAGAGAAAACUUGGCCGGACCACGACCCGACUUCAUUCAGACCUUAGUCGAUGCAGCUCAAGGAAAGUUAAAACAAGAGAUGGAACUGGACAUCAAUAGCAAUCAGGACAAAUGUACUGAGAAAUUCACAGACGAUGACUUAGUAGCGCAAGCAGUGUUAUUCUACGUAGCAGGCUACGACACGACGGCGAACCUCAUUAACUACUUUCUUUACGAAAUGGCUGCUAACCCUGAAGCUCAGCAGAGACUGCAGCAGGAAAUAGAUACAAUGCCUGGCGGUGAAGAUGUUGAUCUGUAUGAAGUUGUACAGGAGUUGGAAUAUUUGGAAAUGUGUACGAGUGAAGUGUUAAGACUGUGGCCUCUAGUCGGUUCUGCAGACCGCAGAUCAGUGCAGACGUACGAUUUUGGACCUACGUACCCCGGUAGUCAAGAUCGACUUGUUGCUCCUCCAGGCAUCCACGUAUGGCUUCCGUUAUACUCUCUCCAUCGCGACGAAAGAUACUGGACCAACCCGGACGUUUUCGACCCAGAGCGGUUCACCUCACGAAACAAGGCGAAAAUUGUGCCAUAUACAUAUUUACCAUUUGGCACGGGACCUCGACAUUGCAUAGGAUCUCGAUUUGCAGUGCUAGCAGCGAAGGUGUUUCUAACAGGAUUCUUCAAGAAGUACAGCACUCGAUGCACAGAGCGGCCACGGCGAUUAUGUCCUAGGGCUUUCAUUUUGCGACCUGCUGAAGGUUUUAACAUAACCGUACAGCCGAGGAAUUAAUUUAUACCACUUGUUACUUGUAAUAAAAUAUUUAUUCAAUAAUAAAUUACUUACUACACCCUUAGAAUAAUAACGCAUAGAAUGAUA